AUGUUACGCAGUGCAUCGCAGCUCGGCCGCCUCGCCACCCUGACGGCCGCUCGCAAAGUCAGCCAGAUCGCCACGUUGAGGCAUGCCGUCCCGCUGGCCACCCAGUCAUUCGCCGCCCCGACGCAACACACGCAAGUGCGACGGCUCUCUGCGGCGCAACCGCUGACGAAGAAGACGGUGGAAGAGCGAAUUCUCCUCGUACUCAGCCUCUACGACAAGAUUGACCCCAAGAAGCUGACGAUGGAUGCCGAUUUUUCGAAGGACCUCGGUCUCGGCUCCCUGGAUUUGGUGGAGGUCGUGAUGGCACUUGAGGACGAAUUUGGUUUCGAAAUCCCGGACGGAGACGCCGACGGCUUCAAGACGCCCCGACUCGUCUUCCAAUACAUCUGCGACCGGAAGGACGUGUUCGAA